AUGAACCUCCACUACAGUCACUUCCGAGGCGAGCGCGCGCUCCAGGAUCUUAUUUCGUACCUCGUCAAGCUCAAGCGAAAGGUCACCCAAACAGAGCCCAAGUCUCCUAGCUGUCUUCGCCGCCAGCCUUGCCCAGCCUCUACUUCUCCCGCUGAUGAGCCAUCCUCAGAGUUCGUCAAGGCAAAGUGA